ACACACACACACACACACACAGAUGUGCUGCUUGUGUGUGUGUGUGUGUGAUGAUGAUGAUGAUGAUGAUGGAGAAACAGCAGUGUACGAUUCAUGAAAUAUGGCUACUACUGAGAACGCAGAGUCAGGUUCGCCAGAAAAUAAAGUGGAUCGAGCCGACCCCGAUGCAAAAUACCCACUGAAAGUGCUCUACUGUGGAGUGUGUUCCCUGCCUGCAGAGUACUGCGAGUACAUGCCUGAGCCGGCCAAAUGCAAACAGUGGCUUGAGAAGAACUUUCCGGAUGUGUUUGCCAAACUGACUCUCGGUACAGCACCCAAACAGGAGAGCAAAGGAGGUGGAGGAGGAGAAGAUGGUGGUGGAGGCAGAGGAAGAGGUGAGGCGCCCCCUGCUGGAGAGGAGGAGGAAAAGAAGAAACAGAAAAGAGGUGGAAGAGGUCAAAUCAAACAGAAAAAGAAGACCGUCCCUCAAAAAGUCACGAUAGCAAAAAUCCCCAGAGCCAAAAAGAAAUACGUGACGAGAGUGUGCGGUCUGGCCACGUUCGACAUCGAGCUGAAAGAAGCGCAGAGGUUUUUUGCUCAGAAAUUCUCCUGCGGCGCCUCCGUGACGGCAGAAGACGAAAUCAUCAUUCAGGGAGACUUUACAGACGAUAUAAUCGACGUCAUCCAGGAGAAGUGGCCCGAGGUGGACGACGACAGCAUCGAUGAUCUGGGAGAGGUCAAGAAGUGAAGCCUGUAUGCACUUUUACUGAGAAACCGAUGCGACGCAACACCGCCAAAUGUACACAUCCACACACACACACACACACACACACACGUCAACAACCCUUUUAUAUCUAUUUUAUUUACUGUAUAGAAUUUCCGUGGACUUGGCCUGAUCCUGGGGGGUUUCAGUUCUCGAUAGCUGCUUUCUCUCGCGGUUGCCAAAGGUCUGGAAUGAUGUGACUUAAAGCAUUUCACUCAUUAAACAGUAGACUAAUAAAUUUGGGUCUCAUUCGAC